AUGACUUCAGGUCAGAUAGCAGAAGAUUCAGAUACUGCCACGCAGUCUUAUGAAGAAAAUGAGGGUGGUGGCUUCAUAGUUAAUGAUCCAGAAUAUGCGAGUAGUAGAAGAUCAAGAAAAGCUAAAUCACAAAAGGUUGACUAUAAAGUACCAUCAGACGAUGAUGAACAGGAUGACAUAGACGUGAAGCAGUCCAGAAAAAGAAGAACUGCUCGUGGCAAAAAGUCACUCAAAAAAAUGAUAGAAAGCGAUGAUGAAGAUGACGAAGAUUUCAGCAUUGAUAAGAUCGAAGAUCUCAAUGAGAGUGAGGAAGAUGACGAUGAUAUACAAAUUACCAAUUCUUCAACUAUUAUAAGAAAUGGUGAAUCGAAAGAUCAAGCUAUUGACUUGUCAGACUCGGAGGACGAGUUACCUUUGUCUAAGAGAGAACCACCUAAAAAGCGAAGAAAAGCAGCUCCACUGAAAACAACUUCAAAGAGAAAGAAGAAAGAGCCAAAAGUGAAAGUGCCAUAUUUUACAAGAGUCACUAAUAAGUUAUAUGAUCAACAUCCAUAUUUGAAGGAUGUCUUUCCAUACUUACAGGCUGUUGAUAAGAUUCCAGUUAAAAGAGCUGAACAACCCCCGGGAAUGAAUAUAAAAUUAUUGCCAUUCCAACAGGAGGGAUUAAAUUGGUUAAUGCAACAAGAAGACGGUGAAUAUGGUGGAGGUAUACUUGCAGAUGAGAUGGGUAUGGGUAAGACCAUUCAAAUGAUAGCGUUGUUUUUGAGUGAUUUGACUAAGAGACCGAAUCUAGUAGUGGGGCCUACAGUUGCCUUGAUGCAAUGGAAAAAUGAAAUAGAAAAGCAUACUGAGGGAAAUAGAUUGAAAGUUUUGCUUUUUCAUGGGGCCAAUAGACUGUCAGACCUCGAUGAAUUGAAUAAGUAUGAUAUAAUAUUAACUUCGUAUUCAGUUUUGGAGUCAGUAUAUCGGAAAGAGAAGUAUGGAUUCAAAAGAAAAAAUGGGUUAGUUAAAGAACAAUCUCCGUUACAUGCUCUUAAAUUUUAUAGAGUUAUAUUGGAUGAAGCCCAUAAUAUUAAAGACAGAACUUCUGGAACGGCCAAAGCUGCUAAUAAUGUUAAUUGUAUCAAAAAGUGGUGUUUAACAGGGACUCCAUUACAAAAUAGAAUUGGUGAGAUGUACUCAUUAAUCAGAUUUUUAAAGUUAGACCCCUUCCAUAAGUACUUUUGUACUAAAUGUGAUUGCUCCAGUGAUGAAUGGAAAUUCUCUAACUGGAGACACUGUGAUAUCUGUGGCCAUACUCCAAUGUUACAUACAAAUUUUUUCAAUCAUUUUAUGUUGAAAAACAUCCAAAAGUUUGGUAUUGAGGGUGAUGGAUUAACGAGUUUUCAAAACAUAAGAUUGUUAUUAAGUAAUAUCAUGUUGAGAAGAACGAAAAUUGAGAGGGCCGACGAUUUAGGAUUGCCUCCCAGAAUAGUUGAAAUAAGAAGAGACAGGUUUAACGAGGAAGAAAAAGAUUUGUACACCUCAUUGUACAGUGAUUCGAAACGUAAAUUCAACGAUUAUGUUGCAGAAGGGGUGGUUUUGAAUAACUAUGCCAAUAUUUUCACAUUGAUUACCAGAAUGAGGCAACUAGCAGAUCAUCCGGAUUUAGUGUUGAAGAGAGUAGGUAACAAUCAAAUUUCAGAAGAAGUUGACGGUGUUAUAAUAUGUCAACUAUGUGACGAUGAAGCUGAAGAACCUAUUGAGUCGAAAUGUCAUCAUAAAUUCUGUAGAAUGUGUAUUCAGGAAUAUACCGACUCUUUUGUUGGAGAAGAAAAGAACCUUCAAUGCCCCGUCUGUCAUAUUGGCCUAUCGAUUGAUUUGCAACAAACGGCACUUGAGGUCGAUGAGCAACAAUUUUCUAAAGCGUCAAUUGUAAACCGUAUCAAAUUGGGGGCCCACGGUGGUGAAUGGAGAUCAUCUACUAAGAUUGAAGCUUUGGUAGAAGAACUCUACAAACUCAGAUCUGACAGGCAUACAAUUAAAUCGAUUGUGUUUUCCCAAUUUACGUCCAUGCUAGAUUUGAUCGAAUGGAGAUUGAAAAGGGCUGGAUUUCAAACGGUCAAGUUGCAAGGUUCUAUGUCGCCCCAACAACGUGAUAAUACUAUUAAGUACUUUAUGGAAAAUACUCUGGUUGAAGUAUUCUUAGUUUCCUUGAAGGCCGGUGGUGUGGCAUUAAAUUUAUGCGAGGCUUCCCAAGUUUUUCUUAUGGAUCCAUGGUGGAAUCCUAGUGUUGAAUGGCAAUCUAUGGAUAGAGUUCAUCGGAUUGGUCAAAAAAGACCAAUCCGAAUCACUAGAUUCUGUAUUGAAGAUAGUAUUGAGCUGAAAAUUAUCGAAUUACAAGAGAAAAAGGCCACCAUGAUUCAUGCCACUAUCAACCAUGAUGACGCUGCAGUAAGUAGACUAACGCCGGACGAUUUACAGUUUUUAUUUAUGAAUUAG